CUCUGGUUUAGUUACCGUACCUAGGUAGCUGGUCUGUGCUUGAAUGAAUGCCUGCAGGGGUCCCCGUUGCCAUUGUUGACUUUUCGGCCCAAAACUCCAUCAUCUCAAUCCCGCCAAACAAAAACAACACCACGCGACAAAAGAUUGCCAACGACCUAGGGGAGGAAGGAGCGCAAAACUCCGAGGGAAGCCUCGAGAUUUACUAACCCACAGCAGCAUCAACAGUACCAACAUAUUAUACUCUUUCUUUCGUGUAUUUUUUCUACUGUUGAUCUAACUUUCGGUCCCAUUAUUCCCCAGUUCGCCAGACCGACCAUCUUUUUUAGCUCAGGCAACCACUACCAGUUUUUUUUUUAUCGUCGAAACUCUGAGCAUCCCGGUACACCAUGUCAUCCACCACCAUCUCCAAAGGGUUUUCCAGCCUCACGCCGGUCGGCACCCCCAAGAAGCAGACUCCGAGCCCGGCGGUCGACAGUCCUGGCAACUGGACCCAUCCGCGCCUGGCCGAGAUCACCAAGCGCCAGAAGCGCACAACCUUUACCGACAAGAACGCCCGCAUAAUCGCCUACAACGUCGCGGCGCUGGUUAUUGUCCACAUCUUCAAUUCGAACGCGACGGUGCAGAAGUAUGAGCGGAGCUUUCCCGAGUCCACAAGAUCCCUGAUAUGGUGGGCCAACCUGGGCCUGCAGGUCAUCCCGCUCAUCAACAUCGUCAUCGCCCUGCUCCCAGUCUUCCGCAAGAAGGACGACCUAUCCGACAUACCCCUGACGACGACGCAGCGCAAGCUCCUCGGCCUGCCGCCCUCAUCCGCGCCCGCCACACCCGGCUCCGUCUUCAGCACCCCUCCACGCUACACGCGCACGCCCUCGCUCUCGGGCUCCGUCGGCAGCAGCAAGAGCAUCAGCGGCUCUCCGCUGUCCGGCAGCCCAUCCGCAGCAGCCGCCAACAACAAGAGGUUAAACGGCUCCCCGUUUUCCCCCGUCGGCGCCGGCAGCCCGCUCUUCCAAAAGAUGCACGGUAGAAGGUCGUCCUUUGGCGGCGGCGGCAGCGGCGGCAUCUCCUCGGCCGCGCUGCUGAGCCCCGGAGCGUCGAGCGGCUCGAGCUUGUUUGGGCAGUCGACGGCCGCGGGAACUGCCACUCCUAGCCCGUCGGGGAAGCGGACGUCGGUCGGCCUCAACAGCAAAUAUCUGUACGAGAAGGGACGGAGGAGCUCGGGUGCUGCCGGGUGGCUGCAGUAAAGGGCCCUUUGUUUUGGAGGGGCCCAGGGCGACGUAGUGGGUGUGCCAAAAAAAAAAGGGUCUGGAAUUUUCGUCUUUUUUCGUCUUCACACAAAACAAAACUUGCCUUGGAUGAUCAUUCCUGCAUUAAAUUUGCGUAGGGUAUCUAUUGUAGCGUACGGCGGUUGGUUUUUUUUCUUCUCUCUUUUCAAAUAAUGAGGAUGCCGGGACGAGGUUAGGACUUUUUUUUUUUAAAAAAACACAGUAAUGAAGAGGUCUUA